ACGACAGCGGCAACAACGAAAAUGAUGAUGAAACAAAGUAAAUCAUCAAUAACAACAAAAAAACGUAAAGCAAAAAAUGCGCUAAAAUUUUCAGCAGUUUCAUUUAUGAUUAUAUUCUAUACAUAUCGAUGGUCUAAACAACGAUUUGAUAAUAAUAACUCCCAAAAAUCUGGCGAUAAUAAUCAUCAACAGGUGUCAUGUAAUUAUAGUGAAAAUUUCAUAAAUAUCUGGCAAUCAUUUAUUACAAGACAAUCAUCUGAUCCAAUCAUUAUUGAAUUGACAAGUUAUCGUAUUUGUUGUGCAUUAUUGAUAGCAACGGUAAUUUUAUUAUUAAUUUUGGAAAAAUUAUUUCGUAUUCAUAUCAUUAUCAGAACCGAUGACAACGACGACAAUGAUCAUCGUGGAAAGCUAUUCAUAAAUCCUGGUCGUUUAGCUGCAUCAUUAUCUACACAAAGGAUUGAUCAUUCGAAAACAGUAACAAUUUCAAUCAUAUGGUUAUUAUUACCAUGGCGUUCCAUAUCACGAUUAUGGGGCUAUUUUAAUCAAAUUCCGUUACCGGUAUUCAUACGACGUCCACUUUAUAUUUGGUAUUCACGAAUAUUUGGCUGUAAUCUUGAUGAAAUGGCCAAUAAAAAUCUGUACGAAUAUCGAAAUCUUAGUGAAUUUUUUCGUCGCCAAUUAAUGCCAAGUUUGAGACCUAUUGAUCGCCGAGCUUCGAUUGUAAGUCCAGCUGAUGGUACCGUUGUACAAUUUGAAAUGGUACCAAUUGAUGGCGGUUUUAUUGGAAACGUAAAAGGAAUACAUUAUUCAAUUGAAAAUUUUCUUGGACCCAAUAAUUUAAAUUACUCUGGUUUCAAUCGAAAUUGGUCAUUACGGCCAGAAAAAAUUCAAACAAAUAAACGUCUUUAUGCUUGUGUCGUAUAUUUAGCACCCGGUGAUUAUCAUCGUUUUCAUUCACCCACCGAUUGGAUUAUAAAUCGACGACGACAUUUCAGUGGCCACCUGUUGAGUGUUCGACCGUCAUUUGUCCAACGUAUAUCAAAUCUGUUUGCUAUUAAUGAACGUGUCGUAUAUUUUGGCCAUUGGAAAUUCGGUUUUUUUGCUAUGGCUGCUGUUGGUGCUACGAAUGUUGGUUCGAUCAAUGUUUUUGUGGAUCCGGAAUUACAAACAAAUCGUUUUCAAAUGGAAACAACGCUAUAUUGUAAAGAAAAAUUGUUUAAAAAAUCCAUUCCACAACGAAAAGGUGAACUUUUUGGUGAAUUUAAUCUCGGAUCAACCAUGGUUGUCAUAUUUGAAGCACCUGCCACCUGUUUUAAUGAUAUAAAUCAACAUGAAAUAAUUUCGUUGAUUCAACAAAAAAUUCAUUAUGGCCAGCCAUUAUUACAUAUCAAUUGAUGGUUUUUAUUAGGUUUUUUUUUGUUUUAGUGAAACAAAUAUAUAAUAUAAUUUAAUUAAUUUCAAUUCCAAUGUAAA